AUGAGUGUGGACACACGAGCCCCCAAGUCGCUGGUCAUUUCACCCAACCUCGACGCGUUACUGGAGCAUGAGGACCGCGUCAGACGGAUUAGGCACGCACAUUCGGCCUCCAGCUCUAUUGGCUCAUCGACUGCCCCGUUUGGCGCUGGGCUUCCACCACCACCACGAAGGGGUUUUUCGUCGCCAUUGUCGCCGACGUAUAGUUUGAGAAGAGACGAAGCGGAGGAUGAGGAGAGUUUGGACGGAAAUGUAGAGAGUGUGGUGAACCCUUAUAUCAAUCCCGCCCCUCGCUUCGAUGACGACCUACCACGGACGCCAAUUUCCCCUCCACCACGAACAUCGUCGAUGUAUGUCAAAUUGGAGCCAGUUCGUGGUCGACCCAGGACCCCCACAAGUCCCAUCACCACUAGAGCUGAAGAUAGAUCGUCAGUUUCGUCUUCCCGUCGUGUGGCUAGCAGCACACCCACUAGUCCCAUCGCAACCUCAAGCCAACACGAUAGAUCGCCGGCGUCAUCGUCAAGCGGCCGUGGCACAUCAACGCAUGAUAGCCGGCAUUCCCUUCCUUCUCUCUCCCUCCGUAGCAAACAAGACUCUUCGAAUUCUUCGACCAGCCACCAUCGCAGGACAAGGAGCAGGAGUAGAGGAAAGCUUGUGAAGCCACCGCCAGAGCCGUCCUCGCCGUUGUCAUCGCCCAUGCCGACCCACUCCCCAACACGGUCCAUUUCGUCUGCCCAUGAAUCGUUCAUCGACUUUGAUGUCGCAUCACCCAUUGCGGAGAGCCCCUCUACCGCCCCUCCACCACUUGUUUCUCUCCCACCAUCACUACCACCACCGCCCACCAUCGGCAAACCACCUAUCCCUACAACCCCUAAACCCGACUUCAGCCGUCGCAGACGCCACGCCAGCCCUAGUACCGUUGUUCGUGCCCACAGUAGACAAAACUCACCUAACUCGCCUCCCCCUUCCCUACCUCUCCGCGCAAUCCCACCUGACACCAUGCCCCCAACGACCAACUUCCUCAACCCGACCGAACGGGCCCAGCUGAUCCGCAAGAGCAAGAAGCUCACCCAAGUGUUUGGGCAGACACCCGGCGCUGGCGAGGCAAACACCACCGAAAACAGCUCUUUCCUGGAUGUCUCCCCUGUCGGAACGGGGAAAAGCCGGCAUCGACCGGCAGCCUCGAUGAAUAUGGUGGGCCAGAUGCCUGCGAGUGCCCGACCUAGACAACCAUUACCUUGGCCAGCACCUGACAAGACCAUCUACAUGGACGCUAACGGUAGGAGACACUCCGCGCCAGAAAGGGACGACUUGUCGGUCUCCGAUGCCCCCUCAUCGCCACUCUCGUUUAUGGACUUGUCUGUGUCAAGCCCCAGCUCCCACUCUGACGAGGACACCGAGCGCGAGACGGAACUCGGCCCGGACGACUCCGUGUCGGUUAUUUCUGUUGCUGGGGCGUCAAAAGCGGUGCGGCGCAAGUCGUCCAUGACGCCUUCGUUUGCGGACAGCCUCAGUCCUGAGGCGCAAGCAGAGGAAGACCGACGACGAAAGCGCGACAAGCUUGCCAAGCUACACCGCUUCCUCGGCUCGCGGGUCCCUGCCAACCUGGUACUCGGGCCAGGAUAUAACAUUGAGCCUGCGGUGGUGGGCAUAGAUGGCACGCUUUCGCCGCUGAGUGCAACCGAAUUCGGCAGCGACACCCUCAAGAAAGGGUGGGUGAAAAGGAGGAGGAGUUCUUCUGCCGCAGUGCUCGCAGCAACAUGGGCCAGCGACUGGGACCGGAUGAAGGAGAAUCUGAACGACAAGGAGAAGGCGAUUAUUAUGGACGAAACACUUAUGGUUGACAUGGAGGUGUUUGGCGUUGCCCCGCCACAAGACUUGUAUCGGGCAUCGACACCGACCCCGCCGGGCGCGCGGACAGCGCCCGCUUCUCCGACUGCGACGCAGCAGCGUAAUGUCAAUCAGUCGUCGUAUAGGAGGAGUGCGUCUGGCAAAAGUUCGUCAAGACGACCACGCACGGGCGACUCGGGCGAGCAUUUGCUGGCGGAUGUCGAGCCCGUGGCUGGCACCUCUUUCGUGUACAACCACUAUCAGCAUUCGCUCAACUCGCUGCAUGAUAUCUUGGAUCGGAAUGACCAAGAAUCGUUGGCAGAGCUGCACCAAUACCUCCACGACGAUGAAGAACAACCCGCUACGCCAACUACUGCGAAAUCAGAGCGCCGGCGCUCACUGCCUGUGUUACUCCCACGCUCCUCUGUCUCAUCGCUGGCCAGCAUUGCUUCCGAUGCGACCACGACUACCGCUUCCCCUGAUGCGCUGGCAACCGAGUUCCAGCUGCGCCGACGCCGAGCUGCGAAGCUGACCCAGUUCUUUGGCGUGGACUACCGCGAGCUGAUUGACGACGUGUUGGAGAGCAUCGAGGCUGGGCUGGAUGCGGAGCGCAGUCGGGGGAGCUUGAAUGCAGGCGAGGCGGAGGCGCUGCUGCAGAAGCUCCGGACGCUGAAGACCAGGCGAUGA